AAGACCCAUUUUUGAACACUCAUCAAAUCCACCAAGGGGGAAACACAGGUCCUACAAAUUGAAUAACCGUCCACACUCUCUUCGUUGGAAUCGCCCACUCUCAACAGUCUCCGGACUUCCCAAAGCAGGACAAAACCACACGCCAAAAAACAAUUUUCCUCUGUUCUUUCGGCUUUGUAUAAAGCAUCACAAUCUUCAUUUCUGGCUACUCUAUUCGCUUCUCGUUCUUAUUCUCCUCUCGCUCUUCGCGGAUUCUUCGGAGCUUUGAUUCCAAUGGCAUCUGUUGCCGGAUCCAGUGUCAUUGCCUUGAAAUCCCCAUCGAAAUUUGGAGUUUGCGGUGACCGAAGAAUUGUUCAGGUUCGGCAAUGCUCUCCGAUUUCUGGCCGAAUCGGAUCGGUUCAUACUCGGCCAUGCAUCAGUCUCCAGUGCAGAUGGAGGAGAUCGUUUGCUUCCUCUGGUGUAAGAGCGCAGUUCGCCACUGCUGAACAAGCUAGCACUGAAGCAGCUCAAAAAGUGGAAGCUCCCGUAGCCAUAGUUACUGGAGCUUCUAGAGGAAUCGGUAAAGCGGUUGCAUUGGCCUUAGGAAAAGCAGGCUGCAAGGUCCUAGUAAAUUAUGCUAGAUCAUCAAAGGAGGCUGAGGAUGUUUCAAAAGAGAUUGAGUCAUAUGGUGGUCAGGCUCUUACUUUUGGUGGAGAUGUUUCAAAAGAAGCUGAUGUGGAGGCAAUGAUAAAAACUGCUGUUGAUGCAUGGGGAACUGUUGAUAUAUUGGUGAACAAUGCAGGAAUUACUCGGGAUACUUUGUUGAUGAGGAUGAAGAAAUCACACUGGCAGGAGGUUAUUGAUCUGAAUCUUACAGGAGUGUUUCUUUGUACACAGGCAGCAGCCAAAAUAAUGAUGAAGAAGAAAAAGGGAAAAAUAAUUAAUAUAGCAUCAGUUGUUGGUCUGGUUGGCAACAUUGGGCAAGCCAACUACAGUGCUGCUAAAGCAGGAGUUAUUGGAUUGACAAAGACUGUCGCAAAGGAAUAUGCCAGUAGAAACAUUAAUGUCAAUGCUGUUGCCCCAGGAUUCAUUGCAUCUGAUAUGACUGCCAAGCUUGGGGAAGAUAUUGAAAAGAAAAUCUUGGAAACAAUCCCCUUAGGAAGGUAUGGUCGACCAGAAGAAGUUGCCGGACUGGUGGAAUUUUUGGCCCUAAACCCUGCUUCCAGUUACAUCACAGGACAGGUGCUCACCAUUGAUGGGGGAAUGGUCAUGUAAAAUUGCUACCCUCUCUCCCUCAUUAAGCUCUCGGCGGUUGUUUCCGCAACUACAGCUGGACUUCAAUUAAGAUAUAGCUUGUUUAGUGGAAGCUGUUGUUCGUCAGUUAUAGCUUUUGUAGUUUGAAUUUUGGCAGCAUUUAACUUAAAGCAUGUUGUGAAACCAAACGAAGCUAUGUAACAGAUUACAGUUUGUAGGCUUCGUUUGGCUUUGCGGAAGAGUGGUUUUUGAGCAUUUUGUCAGCCUCAUACAUGAAGUUUAAACAUUUCAACCAAAGCUUCUUAAAAUUCUGUUACGGGGAAUGUUUCCGACUGGAUGAGGUUGGUUCUUAUGACAACAACCGACAGCAUUGAUUA